CCGCAUUCCCACCCAACUCUCCAUCAGCCUCAUCACAAGCGGAACAUCGCAGGCCGGAACGUGAACAUAAUAGCAUCUUUCAAGCCCCACGAAUAACCCCGUUCCUUUGACGUAACUGCAAAUAUACACCAGUGAUAUCCCAGCUUAAUCAACCGAGUCUCAUCUCCGAAUAUACAUAACAGCUCUUUAUCCAGCCUCCCCGUCCCCCGUCCCGUUAUUUCGAAUCCGCCUCCGCCAAGGGGCUUCCCAGCAACAUGGGUAAUACAACGAGCGUCGUGCUGGAUAACAUCGUGCAGGGGUCGAACUUCGACCGGGAGGAGGUUGAUAGGCUGAGGAAGAGGUUUAUGAAGCUUGAUAAAGAUAACUCAGGCACGAUCGAACGAGAAGAGUUUCUGAGCUUACCACAAAUAUCGUCAAACCCGCUCGCCACAAGAAUGAUAGCGAUCUUCGAUGAGGACGGCGGCGGAGACGUGGACUUCCAGGAGUUCGUGUCGGGGCUGAGCGCGUUCAGCAGCAAGGGCAACAAGGAGCAGAAGCUGCGAUUCGCAUUUAAGGUUUACGACAUCGACCGGGAUGGAUACAUCAGCAACGGCGAGCUUUUCAUCGUGCUCAAGAUGAUGGUUGGGAGUAACUUGAAGGACCAGCAGCUCCAGCAGAUCGUCGACAAGACCAUCAUGGAGGCCGACCUCGAUAAGGACGGCAAAAUCAGCUUCGAGGAAUUCACUAAGAUGGUCGAGAAUACUGACGUUAGCAUGAGCAUGACUUUAGAUCAGUUCUAGAUACCUAGCUGUACCACCGGCGAUGUGGCCGUAGUAACGAAUUAUGAAGCCUGGGGCGAACUUAUACUUGUUAACAAGUGAACUUGAUCGUCUGCGAAGACUUACUGAUUAUUAACCUCGCUCGCAAGUUGAAAACAGAAAGGUGCUGCUUUGAGUGAGCGGGAACUUAGACGAAGCACUAAGAUGGAUUCAGUAUGUACUCGCCACGACGGGUUCCUGGAGAUAGCCUCAAAAUUGAUAUUCGUACAUAAAUAUGAAUGUAUGUAUGUAUGUAUGUAUGUACGUUUUGAUAGCUAGACAAUCUGAAGAACUCGUGAGAUGUCGGUGCGGAUGGUC